ACAGCUUCAUUGACCUAACAUCCCUAUUUAAAACUGUAUCCACCACCAUCCCACUAAUGGUUAUUUACAAGACAUCAACUCCAUGAUUAGUAGUUUAUGGUUCCAGGUCUCUAAACUCACCCAUGGCUGCCUUGAGGUGCUACCCAUAUAGUGCAACCAUAAUUCCAAGGACGAUUUGCUCAAGAACUCUGGUGAGAGCUUCCAUGGAUAGCAGCUCAAGUUCUGAAUCCAAGCAAGCUUCCAGUUCUGUCAGCUUCACCUGCAAGGUGAACAAGUUUUGCAAGGUUUACGAGGACAAAAACAAGGGCAUCCUCUGUUACACCGAUGGGAGCGGCGAACUGGUGUGCGAGGGCUUGGAUGAAGGGCCAAGACUGACCUGGCAAGACAUGGAGAAUUUGAGCAAAGAGAGAACAAAGAAGAUUAGCAGGGAAGGAAGCGGCGGAUCCCAGGGUGGGAUCGACUGGAGCAACCUUCAGACAGCUGCUGGCAUGGGGAGAAGGUGAAAAUGGAAGCCGACAAGCUUAGCCCUGUAGAAUAAUUUCAUGGUGAUGUUUCAAGCCUUCGUAGAAACGUGGCGUGUUGCUUUUAUGUGUAGAUCUCUUUUCCCUGGUUGCUUGCUUGAUCUAUAAUAAGGAUCGUAUGUGUAGGAUUGGAGGAAUGGAGGAGACUAUUAGAGGCUGACCUACCUGGUCAACCCUUGCUCCUAAUCUCUGACAUACGGUUAAGAAGUGAUUUAGCUUAAUGUUAAUUCACGCUGAUGAAUUUCUCUUUAUCGUGAUGUGUAAAGAAAUGAAUUUUCUGCAGCUUUAAGCCUCGGGUCUUAUUUUUUUA